AUGCCCGGGGCUACGAAAUGCCGCCGUCGCCACAUGCUGUGUGCCCUCGUCUUCUUUCUAUUGCUCACUUCAGCGCGGACGUCCCGCUUGGAAAGCGGUAGCGACGCCGCCGUCCAAAGCAAAGCCGGAGAUCUCCAGGGGCCCGUAGGAGACCGGAAAACGCUGCUCGACCUGCUGCUCAAAGCUCUGGCGGACAGCAACAGCUUCCAGGCAGCCUCUCACCCCUUGAGGACGGAGCGGGUCAUCGCUCGGCGCUUCGCCAACGGCGACUCCCAGUAUUCCUCGGCAGCUGUGGAUCGCGAAGCCAGAGUCAGCUCUUCCUCGUCCUCCAGGGAGCGGGCGCCUAGGUUCUUAGCCGCUUCCAGACACUCAGAGGUAUUUCCAAGAGAUUCCAGUUUAAAAGACAAGUUCAUCAAACACUUUACAGGUCCUGUCACAUUUUCAGCUGAAUGUAGUAAGCAUUUCCAUCGUCUAUAUCACAAUACACGGGAUUGUUCAACACCAGCUUAUUAUAAAAGAUGUGCAAGAUUGCUGACAAGAUUGGCAAUGAGUCCACUGUGUACACAGUCAUAGGAGGACAGUUAGGUGGACACCUCUGUGAUGACUGAUCUUUCAGACAUUCCUGCUAACACUGAACUCUGGUUUGCCGAGAAAGUGCCUUGAAAUCUGUCCCAAGACAAUAGAGAAGAUAUCCUGUGCUUUUUGAUUUAUAAAUGUUUGGUACUAGAUACAUUUUAUUUUCAUAUAUGUUGGACAUUCCAUACCUCUGUGAAAGGAACAUAUUUUAUUUGAAUUUGUAAAUUUGCUGCCUAUAUCU